CCGAAGACCGGGAGAUUGCUGGCACAUUCUCCUGAUUUUAAAUGGUAAUUAGUGUAAACUUUCUUCUUUCCCAGCAGAAUUGAUGGGCCAUUCAUCAGUUCGUCAUAAUGCUCUCCGUCCACCAGAAUGAACAACUACAUGCUGAUUGGUGUGAACAACUUCACAAACUUCAAUCUGAGAUUGUGCCUUGGGGUCCUGACGUUCUUCACAGUUCUCACCGUCAUUUCAUAUGUCGCUGAAGUUGAUAAGUAUGGGACAUAUUGGGGAUGGUUCAGCAGUGUCGCACCCAAAAGAUUUCGAAGAAGUUUUCACAAUAAAGAGAUAACCGUCCAUUUUGUGUCUAGUACGACAAUAAAUUAUGAGAAUGUCACUUUAUAUGGUACAACCAAAGAUGCUAGAAAGAAUUCAAGGGCUUUGCCCACAAAAGGACAGGAAGAAACGACGGCAUUGUUCAGGAGUUUUGCUGGUUUAAAUCGCAGGCGGAAUGGUGAGAAAGAAAAGCAUGUAGAGGCAUUAAAUGUUGGCAGGAAAGCAUUUGUUCGAAAUCACAAUAGUAAACCUACCACAAGUGCAAGUUAUGACACGAGCACAUCAACAAGGUUUUCAAGGAAUGAGGAGAAUUUAAAAUCACAUGAGAUUCAUAGCAGAAUUGUGUUCCAUAUCAAUGAUCCAAUAAUCAUUCCAUUCCGAGAUUGUUUACAGAGAAGUGAUCAGAUGCGCAUGAAAUUGAGACAAAAACUGAGGCAACGGGAUCACAGGUUGAGGGACUUUCCUAUCAGUGCCUCGAAACGUUUGAUAUUUAACAUUCCUGUGCAAAAAAGCUUGUGUGAAGAAAGCUCGAAAUUAUGUACGAGAUAUUUUCUUGUGUCACAUCCUGUGAGAUAUCUGAUGACGCUAUUUCAACUAUGCAAGAAAAAUACAAGUUUGCCAGAAAUAUGCCAAAAGGAACAUUUCCACUCCAAUAUGACAUUUUAUGAUUUUUCCCGCACCCAUGAUAAUGUUCUUUUUAGAAAUCUAUUGGUACAAACUGAUGUAUGCAGAAAAAAGGCAGAAGAUGAUAUCUGUGCAGUGCCCCCCAAUAAAAAACAACGAUUUGGUAAAGACACUUAUAAGAGGUACUUAGACUUAGUCAUCCAUUAUAUCACUGGGUUCAAGGGAGGUGGUUUGAUGGAACAUCCCCAAAUUACGAUGUUACUCUUUCAGAAAUUCCUUGGUCGGAAUAUCACAGAAUGUAAGGGUUUGAGUGGGAAACUACUAGAUGAUGGAAAUAUAAGAUGGAAGCAUUUAUUGAAUGAUGCAAAGCUCAUGAAGUUUUUUGAAGCAGAUUUAAUAAUCUACAAAAAGUUUGAAGAAAUCUUCUUAAUACACAGGCAAGGGCUACUUAAUUCAACUAAUACUGGUGGAGGUCAGUUGUUGAAGCCAACUUCUGAACCAUUUUAUCAUUAAAAAGUGCUGAAAAAUUUGAAUUAAACUGCAUCAUUGACGGGGAGGCGUCUAAAACCAUUGUAAAUGAAUUAGCAAUGGACGUGAUGACACGAUGGACCAUUGUACCUCGUCGUUUGUAUGGACUGCAAAACCUGUCUAUUACUACUGACUCAUGGGACCAAAGAUAAUUAUGCCAGUUAGCAUUUUUUCGGGCCUGGAAUUCAAAAAUUAUCAGGCCACCAUUUUUGGAGCCAUUUUGCCCAAAGUAUUCAUUGUGAAAGAUCAUUUCAGAGGGAACAAAGGCCAUUUUGGAGGGCAUCUAACCUUGGUUAAACUCGAGGCUGUGAACUUAAUGUACGUGUAAUUGUAAGGUCUCCUGAAAAGGUCAUCUUCUUAGUGAUUUUUCAGUGCCAUGGUUUUGUUUCUCACUGUCUCGAUCUUUAUAUUUACUUGUGCAGUCAAUCACAGUUAUAACAAAUUUUACGGGACCAGAGCCUGGUUGCUCAAUCUGUGCCUUUGCCAAAUGUCUACCAAGUGUCGAUAGCCUGACCAGGGGUGGGGUGGGGGUACAGGCAUGACAUGGUUUACAUUGACCGUUGCAUUUAAUAUGAUUAUUUGUGGCUUGCAAAAUAAUUUUUACAACUUUACAAUCAGAUAUCCAUUAUAACUUGGAUUGACUGUCGCUGUCUGACACAGAUUAUCGAAAGCAUUCUCAAGUUGUGUCAUCAGAAAUUGGUUGGUGUAUUCUUUAGAACUCCUGGGCCAUUUUGUGCUUAAACCAGUUUAUUGGUCAGUGCCAUACCAAAUAGUGAAAAGUUAAUUUAUCAGAAAUUUUUUAAUUUUAGAUGUUAAGUGUUGUUCUACAUGUUUGUGUAUACUUUAUAAACAAGAGAAUUGCAUUAGAUUUCACAAAAGACUGCUGUUGCUUUAAUUGCCAAUAUAUGUCGCAUGUGUGCGGAAUUGAUUGUUACACUGGUUCAUUAAAUUGAAUAUACCAGUUCUGGGCAAUGUACUGAAGACAUGUCAGAUCUGUAUGCAAGAAAUUCUAUCAAUUAAAAGGGUAGGGCCUACACUGUUCGUUCACAUUUGCACUGUAUAUUUAAUGUUCGUCCAUCUAUAUCUAUUUCCUUUUCUAACGCCAGGCGACACUGUUUGUCAUAAGGAAUACCAUGCAUGCUCGAAUGUUAUCUGUAUGCAAUUUGUUGCCUAUAAUCAGUGUAUUCCAUUUGAGGAACCAGUGUGUUGGUUGUUGAUAGAAAUUAAGUUUUGA